UUUUGUAAUUCGAAAUCAAUUUGUCAAAACCUCCUGCUGUCAACAUAUAACAAGAUUUGUCGAUAUCUCACCAAAUAAUUGUUAUAUUUUGAUGUCAAAUAAUGAAAGCAUUUUUGCAAUACCAGAAAUAUAUAAAUAGUGGAAAAUAGAUCCACUGUUGUCAACGAGAUGAAUUUUUUGAAUAGUUGUUGCGCUCGCUUAGGUGGUGUUAAUUUUUGGACAACUCCAUGUUGCCGUGGCGGUAUCAAGUCGUUGCAACUAGUGAACAGCGACAAUCAUGGCCUCAAGAACAAUACGUGCAAUGCAAGGAACGCUGAAAGGUUGCCACCGAGGGCGUGUACAGGGAACCGACGUAUAUUCUUUGGACCAACAAUAGGCACACAAGUACGAUUUUGUAAAGAAUACCCGCGUCUACACCGGGACAUUGACUUUCCUAAUUUUGAUGAUUAUAGGAAAUCUGAAUACAAAGAUGUGCGAAAAACUAGUUGGGGCUCAGGUGAUGAUAAACCGGGAUACGUGUACGUUAUUGGACUUUUUGGCCUACUCGCUUCGGCGUACGGCACUAAGGCUCAUCUGGUCCAAUACGUUCUCUUCAUGGAUGCUCCUGCAGACGUCCUUGCUCUCGCUACCAUUGAAGUAGAUAUAUCGAAAGUCUUGCCAGGUACUUGCAUGUCCAUAAAAUGGCGGGGAAAACCACUGUUCAUCAAAAAUAGGAGUACUUCUGAAAUAAACCAUGAGAAUAAGACACCACUAUCUUCGCUACGUGAUCCUCAGACGGAAGCAGAGCGCACGCAACAAAAGGAGUGGCUUGUGGUCAUCGGCAUCUGCACCCACCUGGGAUGUGUGCCCAUUCCGAACACUGGCGACUGGCCUGGUGGAUUCUACUGCCCUUGCCAUGGCAGUCACUUUGAUAACUUGGGUAGGGCCAGGAAAGGGCCAGCCCCCACAAAUUUAGAAAUACCACCGUAUAAAUUUGUCUCCAGUACGCUUCUUCUUGUAGGCUGAAUUUAUUUAAUAUACCUGUUAAUAUCAUUGUAUUUUUAUUAAUUAUAUAUAAUAAAUAUGAAUUCAAACUUCUAAAGUAAA